GUCUCACUUCCGGGCGCCAGCACGCAGUACCACCCGGACCGCCCAGGGCCAACAUGGAGCGUCAGGUGCUGCUGAGCGAGCCCGAAGAGGCGGCGGCGCUGUACCGGGGCCUUAGCCGCCAUUCCGCGCUGAGCGCCGCCUGCCUGGGCCCGGAGGUCACCACGCAGUACGGGGGCCACUACCGGACGGUGCACACUGAGUGGAUCCAGAGGGACCUGGAACGUAUGGAGAACAUCCGAUUCUGCCGCCAGUACCUGGUGUUCCAUGACGGGGACUCAGUGGUGUUUGCAGGGCCUGCGGGCAACAGUGUGGAGACCCGGGGGGAGCUGCUGAGCAGAGAAUCUCCUUCAGGCAGCAUGAAAGCUGUGCUGCGCAAGGCUGGAGGCCCAGGCACAGGGGAGGAGAAGCAGUUUUUGGAAGUCUGGGAGAAGAACCGGAAGCUCAAGAGCUUCAACCUGUUGGCGCUGGAGAAACAUGGGCCAGUUUACGAAGAUGACUGCUUUGGCUGCUUGUCCUGGUCGCAUUCGGAGACACACUUACUAUACGUGGCAGAGAAGAAGCGUCCCAAGGCUGAGUCCUUCUUUCAUACCAAAGCCUUGGACAUCAGUGGCAGCGAUGACGAGAUGGCUAGGCUGAAGAAGCCAGACCAGGCCAUUAAGGGGGAUCAGUUCUUGUUUUACGAAGACUGGGGAGAAAACAUGGUUUCUAAAAGCACUCCUGUGCUCUGCGUGCUGGAUGUCGAGAGUGGCAACAUCUCUGUGCUUGAGGGGGUCCCUGAGAGUGUGUCCCCCGGACAGGCAUUCUGGGCCCCUGGAGACACAGGUGUGGUGUUCGUGGGCUGGUGGCAUGAGCCCUUCCGGCUGGGCAUCCGUUUCUGCACCAAUCGAAGGUCAGCCCUGUACUAUGUGGACCUCAUCAAGGGGAAAUGUGAGCUCCUCUCAGAUGACUGUCUGGCUGUCUCUUCUCCUCGGCUGAGCCCAGACCAAUGUCGCAUCAUCUACCUGCGGUUCCCAUCUCUGGUCCCCCAUCAGCAGUGUAGCCAGUUGUGCCUGGCCGCUCAGUGGACCUCCUUUCGUGGGUGCAGUGAUGGUUAUGACUGGUACACCAGGGUCACCUCGGUGGUGGUGGAUGUCGUGCCUCGGCAGCUGGGAGAGAACUUCUCUGGGAUCUACUGCAGCCUUCUGCCUUUGGGAUGCUGGUCAGCUGACAGCCAGAGAGUGGUUUUUGACUCUGUUCAGCGCAGCCGGCAGGACCUGUUUGCUGUGGACACUCAGAUGGGCACUGUGACCUCUCUGACGGCAGGGGGGUCAGGUGGAAGCUGGAAGCUGCUCACAAUUGACCGGGACCUCAUGGUGGCACAGUUCUCCACGCCCAGCCUGCCCCCAAGCCUGAAAGUUGGGUUCCUGCCUCCUGCGGGGAAGGAGCAGACAGUAUCCUGGGUGUCCCUGGAGGAGGCCGAGCCCAUUCCUGACAUCUCCUGGAGCAUCCGGGUACUACAGCCACCCCCAGAGCAAGAGCAUGUGCAGUAUGCUGGCCUUGACUUUGAAGCAAUCCUUCUGCAGCCCAGCGAUCCUCCAGAUAAGACCCAGGUGCCCAUGGUGGUCAUGCCCCACGGGGGACCCCAUUCAUCCUUUGUCACUGCCUGGAUGCUGUUCCCAGCCAUGCUUUGCAAGAUGGGCUUUGCAGUACUACUGGUGAACUAUCGUGGCUCCACGGGCUUUGGCCAGGACAGCAUCUUCUCCCUCCCCGGCAAUGUGGGCCACCAGGAUGUGAAGGACGUCCAGUUUGCAGUAGAGCAGGUGCUCCGGGAGGAACACUUUGACGCAGGCCGUGUGGCCCUUAUGGGUGGUUCCCAUGGUGGCUUCCUCUCCUGCCACCUGAUUGGUCAGUACCCAGAGACCUACGGCGCCUGUGUGGUACGGAACCCUGUGAUCAACAUUGCCUCCAUGAUGGGCUCUACUGACAUCCCUGACUGGUGCGUGGUGGAGUCUGGCUUCCCCUACAGCAGCGACUGCCUGCCAGACCUCAGCCUGUGGGCUGACAUGCUGGACAGGUCGCCCAUCAAGUACACCUCUCAGGUGAAGACUCCACUGUUACUGAUGCUGGGCCAGGAGGACAGGCGUGUGCCCUUCAAACAGGGCAUGGAGUAUUACCGUGCCCUCAAGGCCCGGAAUGUGCCAGUUCGGCUCCUGCUCUAUCCCAAAAGCACCCAUACACUGUCAGAGGUGGAAGUGGAAUCAGACAGCUUCAUGAAUGCUGUGCUCUGGCUGUGCACACACUUGGGCAACUGAAGCCCUACCUCUCUGCAUGAGCCGGCUGGCAUAUGCCGCACUUGGCUCUUGGAGAGCCCCAGGGUCUAGCAGAGUGGUGAAAGGCAUCCUGGGCUCUGGACUCCAUGGAUAGGUGAGCCGAGGAAUGUGGACUACAUACUCAUAAUAAAUGAGGACACAGA